AUGACACAUUUGAAUUCAGCAUUAUCACUGCGUGAAGAUUCAGAAAUAUACAAAGUAUGGAAGUCACCUAUACAGUUAACUUUUACGUGUCAUUUCUUCAAUGUUACCAAUCCCGAUGAAGUGAUGAGUGGAAGUAAUCCAUAUUUCAAUGAAGUUGGUCCAUUUACUUAUGAUGAAAUACUCGAGAAACAAAUUAUAGAUGUGGACGAUGCGAUGGAUGAAAUUACAUAUACAACAAAGUCUAUGUACAGUUUUAACAAAGACUUGAGUGUGAAAUUAUCUGAACAUGACAAAAUCACUAUGUUAAAUCCUGCAUACAUUGGUACCAUGUCGAUGCUCUCCAGCUUACCUCCUGAAUAUAUGGAAAAAUAUGGUAAUAACAUACCGAAACUAUUUCCAAACCGUAGUUCCAUUUUUCUAAAAGCUAAUCCUAACGAUCUGCUUUUCAAUGGAAUUCAAGUUUCGUGCAAUUUAAGAAAAUUCCCUGAAUUGGAUAUGAUAUGCAAAACAUUGGGCAGUAAUCUGCCACAAGCGUUGAGAAAAACCGACAAGCAAGAUGUUUAUCUACUCAGUAUCUUUCAGAGGAUGAACGCUACUUUUCGUGGGCCAUUUUCUGUUAACAGAGGUGUUAAUGAUAUAACGAGAUUAGGAGAUAUAACAUCUUAUAUGGGAAAAAGAAAACAAACAAUAUGGAACUCUGAAGAUUGUAAUAUAAUAAGAGGAACUGACUCAAUCAUUUGGGCACCAUUAAUAAAACCAUUGCCUUUUGUUUCAACGUUUGUACCAGAUUUAUUUAAUAUACCGUAUCAGUUAUCAAGAUGUAUGUGUAGAACAAUCGAAGCGGAUUAUAAAGAUGAAAUUUCGGUACGAGGUUUAAUUGGCUCACGAUUCGUCAUGAAGGAAAGGACAUGGUUUUUAAACACGACGCAGUGCUAUUGUUUAUUAGAAAAUAAAAUACCAAAAUGUUUACCACAAGGCUUAAUCGAUGUCUGGGAAUGUCAGAAACUGCCGGUAAUCUUAUCAGAGCCACACUUUUUACACGGUGAUCCACAGCUGUUAAAGUACGCAGGUGGUUUAAACCCUGAUGAAAGGCUGCAUGAAACCUACAUCAUUAUCGAACCAUAUACCGGAACGCCUCUUUCUGGACAGAAAAGGAUACAACUAAAUUUAUAUUUGGAAAAACAGUCAGUAGAGUUGCUUUCAAAUGUCAGCGAGGGAUAUUUUCCGCUUAUGUGGUGCGGAAAUGUAAGAUCCUUCAAGACAGUUCCUAUCAUUUUAUCUUGUUUACUAAACAUAUAUGAUUUCACUUACGAAAUGCAAUUGAUUAAAAUUAUACGGUUCAAUUCUCAAGACAUAUCGUUUAUUAUGAAUUUAUUAUGGAUAUUAUACUUAUAUUAUAUUACAUUUAUUAUGAAUAGCGAAUGUGGUAGAUUUUUCGAUUUCAAAGUUGGCACCAGAGUAUUUCGCGAAUGAUAAUAAGAAAAGAACUUUACUAAAAAUUGAGUUUAUUAUGUUAUGUAUGUAUUUGUUCGUUUUCUUUAAAAAUGAAAGUAUGAUAAACAAGAGUAAAAAUAUAAUGGAAUAAUAUUCGGGAAUCUUAGAGACCAAAAAAUUAAUUCUCCUCGACGGAUUCAUAGUUGUGCUUGAUAUUUGUUCAAUCAUUAUAUUGUGCAAUAAAAUAAUAUUGAAUUAACAUUUAUCCAUCAGUAGGCAGGGAAUUUAAUUUCAUAGCAACGAAGCUGAUUUGAUUCAAUAUAUUUUAUUCACUAUUCAUUCUUAAGAAAGUCUGAUAUUUCGUCGUCAUAGGAAAAUUCUGACAAAGAAAUUGAAUAACAUUAUACAUUUUUACAAACAGAUGUUAAUUUAUGAAUACAAUCUUUCAUUACAUCAUAGUCCAGAUCACAUCAAAAUGUACAAAAUAUAAUUACAAUUUUUCUCAGAUAUCGAUAGACGAACUAAUUGUCUAAUAAAUAUUUUACAGGGAAACACGCCAACGUUAGAGAUUAUAGGAUUCACAUAUCAAACGCUUCGUCUAAUAAAAAUUUUUCGGUAUAUAAACAUAAUUCCUUUGAUGAUUGGAAUUCAUUUGACUUUCGUCGCUGUAAUGUAUUGUAAUUGUACAAAACGCAAAACACAACCAACAUUUGCAGAAUCGUUACUAAUAUCAUCAAAUUCACGAUCCAAUAAUAUCGCACAGAGACCCUCACGUGCACAAGCAUUUGAGGCAUUUCAAUAAAUGCACAUUACAGUUCAUAAGUAUUGUGAAAAUUUAGUUUAGUUUAGUUUAGUUUCUUUUUACAGCUUAACCAUUAACAAACGUAGCAAUACUACAUUCAUUUGUUUAUUAAACAUGUAUACGUAUUACAUGUAUGUAAUCAUUAUUUGUAUUGACAUCCAAAGGCUUUUUAUCAAGUUAGAAAAAUCAUGUUAAUCCUACUUACAAGUCAAAAAUUGAUUUGAAAAUAAAAAGUUUCUCAAAUAAUAAAAUAAUUCUGAAAGGUUUGACAUUUACAAAUGUCAGUUUUGUUAUUGCGUGUUACCAUUUACAAGCAAAUUUAAUCGCAUCAUCACAUUCUAUUAUACACAGCCAUGUCGAUUAUACAAAAUAAAAUCAUUACAGUUUGAUUUACCCGGAAUUUUAUGAUUAAAAUAUUGAACAAGUGUUCGGAUAUUUUUGAACAGUAAACACGAUGCUAACGAAGAAAGUUACAGCGCACUAGAGUGUUUAAAAAUAAUUGAUUAUUUCUAAAAAAUGCAUAUAGAUUUAAUGUUUUAUACAGUGAUAAAUUUACAAUUUACGAUGUUGCAUACUAUUUACUCUUACAAAUUUAAUGUAGUAACAGUCGCAUCCGUUCGCUUAAAUUAGAAAUAUUAGAUUGUUUGUUAAAAUUUAUACGCAUAGGCAAGAAAAUUACUUUUUCGUUUAUACAAGUAAAUAAAUAACUGUAUGUUACCUUCUUUUUUAGAAAUUUACUACAACUUUAAAAUGCGACCA